UAAGAGUGUUGUGAUUUCCCAAAGACUUUCAUCCAGGACUUGGUGCACUGUAGAGGCUAUGGUGAGCCUUUAUGCUGGUGAUAUAGUGGAUUUUUUUAAGUUUAUUUCAAGUUCCCAGAGUGCCCAGCUAAACUCUGUUGAAUUUUUGUUCAUCAAGAUUGUCUCAGCACAAUGUUUCUCAGCGGAUGGAGACACUGGGAACAUAGCAGACAUGAGAUGAGACGAGAAAUCUUCUGAGGUGUCUAAGACACAUCCUUGCUGUCCAAAAUCGGACACACUUUCCGAGUUUUAACUAUAGUAUUCAAAAGUUAGUGUAAUUCUCUCUCACAAUGAGUAAAGACCUUCGUUUCCCCAGGAAGGCAAUGCAGGUGAACUAUUCAACGCGGCGGCACUCAUGCAUUGGUUUUGAUGUUGACAAUGGGCUGUCGGUGGGCCGCAGUCCUCUGGAGUCCCAGGCCAGUCCAGGCUCCGGCCUUGUGCUGCAAGCCAAUUUCCCUCACAGUCAGCGGCGGGAGUCCUUCCUGUAUCGCUCCGAUUCUGACUUUGACCUUUCACCCAAGGCCAUGUCCCGAAACUCAUCCACGGCCAGCGAGCUGGAAGAGAGUUUGAAGCACUGGGAAGUCAACUGGCUAAAUCGACAUGGAGAAGACAUGAUAGUUACACCGUUUGCACAGGUCCUUGCCAGCUUGAGGACUGUACGGAGCAACUUUGCUGUUUUGACCCAUCAGCAAGACCGUGUCCCGAGCAAGAGGUCCACUGGAAGCAACCCACCAUCCAUGUGCAAGACAAGCCUACCAGAGGAGCCAUUUCAGAAGUUGGCAGUGGAGACUCUGGAUGAGCUGGACUGGUGUCUCGAACAGCUCGAGACUCUCAAGACACGUCACUCAGUCAGUGAGAUGGCAUCCAACAAGUUCAAAAGGAUGCUGAAUCGAGAACUAACCCAGCUGUCAGAGACUAGCAAGUCUGGAAACCAGGUCUCAGAGUUCAUCUCCAGCACCUUCUUGGAGAAGCAACAUGAUAUGGAGAUUAUGUCCCCACCGACCAAGGAGAAGGAGAAGAAAAAGUGGCCCAUGUCUCAGAUCAGUGGAGUGAAGAAACCCACACACAGCUCCAGUGUGGCAGCUUCCAGCAUCCCACGCUUUGGCAUCAGCACUGACCAGGAAGAUCUGCUGGCCAAGGAGUUAGAGGACUUUGACAAAUGGGGUGUGGAUAUUUUCAAGAUAUCUGAGUAUUCUGGCAACCAACCGCUAACGGUAGCAAUGUACACAAUCUUUCAGGAAAGAGACCUGUUGAAAUCCUUUAAAAUCCCUGUAGACACAUUCAUUACCUACAUGAUGGCAUUGGAGGAGAACUACCACGCAGAUGUAGCAUACCAUAAUAGCAUCCAUGCAGCUGACGUGGUCCAGUCCACCAAUGUCCUGCUGUCCACCCCUGCCCUGGAGGCUGUAUUCACCGACCUUGAGAUCUUGGCAGCAAUGUUUGCUAGUGCAAUACAUGACGUGGACCACCCUGGAGUGUCCAACCAGUUCCUCAUCAACACAAACUCAGAGUUGGCUCUCAUGUACAACGAUUCCUCUGUUCUGGAGAACCACCACCUGGCUGUUGGCUUCAAACUGCUGCAGGAAGAAAACUGUGACAUUUUCCAGAACCUGACCAAGAAACAGAGGCAGUCGCUGCGCAAAAUGGUCAUUGACAUGGUCCUAGCCACUGAUAUGUCAAAGCAUAUGAACCUGUUAGCGGAUCUCAAGACCAUGGUAGAGACCAAGAAGGUGACAAGUCUGGGCGUGCUGCUGUUAGACAACUACUCUGAUCGCAUUCAGGUUCUUCAGAACAUGGUGCAUUGUGCUGACCUGAGCAACCCAACAAAGCCCCUGGAGCUGUACCGUCAGUGGACGGAUCGCAUCAUGGUGGAGUUUUUUACUCAGGGGGACCGAGAGAGAGAUAAGGGUAUGGAGAUCAGCCCCAUGUGUGACAAACACAAUGCUUCCAUUGAGAAAUCACAGGUGGGCUUCAUUGACUACAUCGUGCACCCGCUAUGGGAGACCUGGGCAGAUCUGGUUCACCCUGAUGCCCAGGAGAUUCUCGAUAUGCUGGAGGACAACCGUGAGUGGUACCAGAGCAUGAUCCCUCACAGUCCCACCUCCACCCCUGAGGACAAGGGCAGUGUGGUCGGGAUGGGAGCGAUGGGUGGAAGUAUCGCCUCAGCAGGGGAGAAAUUCCAGUUCGAACUGACCUUAGAGGAGGAAGGGGAGUCUGACGUUGAGAGUCCCGUGGAGGAAGAGUUCACUUCCACCGUACAGGAUUACUCCAGGACAGAUCCAGAAGGCAAACAUCCAUCUUCGGCUCCCUGCACACAGCAAGCCAACCUGACUGCUCGCUCCCCUGGCUGCAGGACAAUGUCUUUUAAGAUGGGCGAGCCGCCAGACAGUGAAGAUGAAGAUAGAGAACUUGACCAAGAAGGGAAAAGCGUGUCUUGCCUGCGUCUGGGAACAUAACACUAGUGCACUUUUUCAUUUUGUUCUAUUUUAUUCUUUUGUACCUCUUCCUCACCACCUCCUUAUCCCUCUUCAUCCCAUUCUUAGCUUCCUCGGGCGGAGGCGAUGCAGUGCAGGAGAGCAAAGGAGAGGUAGGAAAGCUUCCAAGGGACGUUUUUUAUACAGUAGUCACCUUGCACUGGAGAAAGCUCCUACUCUACGGACUGUCAAAGCAUGAAGCUUUCUUAAAACAUUCUCGGUCUUGUGAGUUCGGGAUGCCAUUCAGCUUUACUGUCAAGCGUAAAACUGCCUAUGUGUUAUGGACUGAGAGGAAACGUCCUCAAGUGUCUUCCUGUGACAUCCCAGGUUUAAAGUUAACGAACAAGUGGAGCCGUCCGAACAUGAUUGAUAUACAGGACACUUUUUAUGUGAGACGUAUGUGCACUAAAAUGUUUUUUUUAAAAGAUGCACUGUUGACUUAAAGCUGGUCUAUUAUUAGCUGAACAAAAACAACCUAACCUUAACACACCAGAACAUCUCAGGAUUCAAAGAAACUUUCAUGUAGCAAACAGCUUGAGGGUACCCACAUAGUGACCGCCGUCUUCCUUGGAUCACUAUAAAAUCUGUAGACUGAAGUCGAGCCAUGAUUGUGAUCUUUUGUGUUUGUAUGUGACGCCACCUAGUGCUUAAUAGUGGAACUGGAUCAACGUUUAUAGGAUCUACCACUCCAGCCGAACACAGUGGCUCUGUAUUGUUGUUCCUUUGCACAGAUUAUAAUCAUCAGACUGUUUUAACUUAAAACCCUUCUCCCUUUAAUUUGUAGGAAUGCUGCUUUAAUUUAUGGCAUGCACAUGGUUUACAUAUGCUUCUCGUUUAUUUUUCGAUUCUGCUUCAUCCAAAGCAUGAGCGUAAGCAUUAUUACAUUGUAUGUCACAGUUUUAAAAUGGCUUGUUUCUGAUGUUCUAGGUAGCACUUUAGUAGAUGCCAAACGUUGCUCCAUCAGUAAGGGCUGGAGUCAUUAUUAACAUACAGAAGACUAGGAUUCGCCGUGAUCUGCAGGGUAACCAGCAUGUGUACGCACCCUGUAUGUAAGUUGGUCUCUGGAAGGCUGGGCUAGCUUGGAAAACCACAUUAGCUGUAUAGGAAGUGAUCGGGGUCCUUAAACCACAUGUGUAGUUUCUCUCUCUUUCUGUGCUGGUCACACUGAAAAAGAUGAGGUGUCUUAACGUCUUUACAGAUGUAUGAUGUCUAAACAAAAGUGAACAGUUUUGUUCUAAAACGAGAGCUGUGCGCUACAAGAUAACACGUAAAGCCAAAGUUAGUUUUCUGUGCCAGACCUUUAUUGUGUCCUUUGGUUUUUGGUGAUUGAUCAGUGCUCUGCUCUUCACAGGGACAUAGCCAAGGACAGUACAAGUGCCAAGCAAGCAUGAUCCAUGCUGUACUGUAAUUUCCAUUUUGCCACUGGCUAAUUUCCAUCAAUGACAUUUUCUACUGUCAGUAACGUACUGAUUUGAGCAUUUAGUUUUCUUUUAAUUCUUCAUUCAAAACUGUCGAUUUGUCAAGCUGAAAUUUUAUUUAAGAGUAUUCUUGAUUAAUAACAGGUUUCAAGUCUUUCUGACUCAGUGUGCUCAUUGUAAGUCAGAUUAUUUGUGUCCUUUUUAUACAAUGGUAUGAAUUUUAAUAUUGGAUACAGUGAAUUUAUGUAUGUAAAUGGAUUACAGUAAACGGGGCUUUUAAUUAGUGACUAUCUUAAUGUCUGUCUGCUCUUUAUAGCAAUGUUUUGUGUGGUGAGAGAAAUGCUGAGUGGCCAUGCAAAGUUUCAACUGACUGUAUCCACAUGGCACACCUCUGUUUGGUCUUUUUCUGUCGCAGAUCUGACAAUCCCAACAGUACUGUUUACCACUACAACGCUGUUACUAAUGAUGCUGUGAUUGUUUUCCUGUUCCCAAUACCAAUAAACUAAGAAAUAUUAG